GAGAGAGAGAGAGAGAAGAGGAGGAGACACACACAAAUACCUAUACAAGUGUCCAGUGUUGAAACGCAGGCCAUCCCGUUCAUAUUGAUAUAAUUUUUACUCUCGUCAAGUUUAUUAUCUGUCGGACAGCUGGGAUUUUGUCUGUCCAUUUUAACGGCUUGUUUUGUUCGUUUCCGCGUCGGUCUCGUCGGAUUUCUGGUGGAUGUUCAGUGUCUGGCUAGCGAGCACAGCUAACCGCAGCUAGCCGGAUCAAUCUGUUUCCUCGGCCUCAGGAGCCCAUUACACACACAAAAUGGCAUUAAAACGAAUUCACAAGGAACUGACUGAUCUGGGCCGGGACCCUCCAGCACAGUGCUCAGCAGGACCGGUUGGAGAUGACUUGUUUCACUGGCAAGCAACAAUUAUGGGACCUAAUGACAGUCCAUAUCAAGGGGGUGUGUUUUUCUUGACCAUUCAUUUUCCUACAGACUACCCUUUCAAACCACCUAAGGUUGCAUUCACCACAAGAAUUUAUCACCCAAAUAUUAACAGUAAUGGCAGCAUCUGUUUGGAUAUUCUAAGGUCACAGUGGUCUCCUGCGUUAACAAUCUCUAAAGUUCUAUUGUCCAUCUGUUCACUGUUAUGUGAUCCAAACCCAGAUGAUCCAUUAGUGCCAGAGAUAGCACGUAUCUAUAAAACAGACAAUGAAAAGUACAACAGAAUAGCUCGGGAAUGGACUCAAAAACCUCAGCUGUUUGAUGUUGAUUCUGAACCUCGGAUAUCAAUCAGGAAAGGAAUCAUGGCUGGAGAGGAUCCAUACCCAGGAGUGUACAUGGAACAUAUUGCCCCUUUCAGUGACGACACAAUGUGGAUGAACAUGGACCCGACACCAUUCCCGGGCAUCCACAACAAUAAUGUUAUGAGGACAGUCGAUGGACCUUAUCUGCGAAUUGUCGAACAACCAAAACAGAGGGGCUUCAGGUUCCGCUAUGGAUGUGAGGGCCCCUCCCACGGAGGACUCCCAGGGGCCUCCAGUGAGAAGAACAGGAAGUCUUACCCACAAGUGAAGAUCUGUAACUACCAGGGUGCAGCUCGAGUGGUAGUUCAGCUGGUGACACACUCCGCAGAGAUCCAUCUUCAUGCUCACAGCCUGGUGGGCAAACAGUGCGAUAAAGGAAUCUGCAUUGCCGACUUGCAGUCCAAAGAUUCAAGCAUCAGUUUUCCUAACUUGGGCAUUUUGCACGUGACAAAAAAGAACGUAAGCAAAGUUUUGGAAGAGAGGAUGAUCGAGGCCUACAGGAUGGGAUUUAACUACGGCAUAUCCAUCCAUCCUGACAUUGAUGCCCUACAAGGAGAGGUUCGCAUGCCCAGAGAGCUCACAGAUACUGAGAGGAACCUGAUUAGCAGUGCAUCUAUUCAUCAGUCAAAGGAGAUGGAUCUGAGCGUGGUACGGCUCAUGUUCACAGCCUUCCUGCCCGACAGUGAUGGAGGGUUCUCCCGCAGACUGGAACCAGUCAUUUCAGACCCCAUCUUUGACAGCAAGGCCCCAAAUGCCUCCAAUCUGAAGAUAGUGCGGAUGGAUCGGACCGCCGGCUGUGUGACUGGAGGAGAGGAGGUCUAUCUGCUGUGUGACAAAGUCCAGAAAGAUGAUAUCCAGGUGCGGUUUUAUGAAGAAGAUGAGUCAGGUGUAACCUGGGAGGCCUACGGGGAUUUCUCCCCCACUGAUGUCCACAGACAGUUUGCCAUCGUCUUCAAGACUCCUAAAUAUCGGGACCAGAACCUCCAGAAGCCCAUCUCUGUGUAUGUGCAGCUGAAAAGGAAGUCAGACAAUGAAACGAGUGAACCCAAGCCUUUCACCUACCAUCCACAGAUUAUAGACAAAGAAGAAGUCCAAAGAAAGAGACAGAAGACACUGCCAAACUUUCAGGACUACAGUGGAGCAGGAGGCGGAGCUGGGGGCAUGUUUAGAGGAGGAGGGGGUGGGUCUACAGCAGGGGGUGGUCCCAGUGGAGGAGGAGGAGGACAUUACUUCCAGGGAUUUCAAACCUAUAACAAUUGCGGGACUGGAUACAACUUCUCCUCAGGCAUGGGAGGAGGCGGGACCACCAUCAAGCAUGCAUAUCAUGAACCAGUGGAAGACAGUGAUGAAGACAGUGAUGGUGAUACCGAUAAUGAUCCGGCAGCUGGUGGGAUGGUGCGAAUCUGUGCCCAUCCUGAUCCUGUUGAUUUGGGAAUGACAAGUGAGGACACAGAGCCUACAGAAAAUCUGGAGUUAAACACCACAGGCUGUGUGUUCGAGCCGCAUUUGGCUGAGCUAGCUGGAAGACAGGCUCAAGCUCUCUUUCAUUACGCAGUUAGCGGUGAUGCUAGAAUGCUUCUGGCUCCACAGCGCCCCCUCAUGACCACUCAAGACGAGAACGGAGACACGAGUUUACAUCUGGGAGUGAUCCAUAGUCAGACAGAUGCCGUGCGAAAUCUAGCACAAGUCAUCUCGGCUCUACCUGGAGAGGACAUACUCAACAUGAGGAAUGAUCUGUACCAGACUCCUUUGCACCUAGCAGCGUUGACACUGCAAAAAGAGGCAGUCGAGGCAUUGUUGGAGGCCGAGGUGGAUGUCACGCUCACAGAUCGCAAUGGAAACACGGCACUUCACCUGGCGGCUCAGCAGAAAGAGGGUAGCAUGCUGCGAUUGCUGCUAAAGUACAAAUCAGUGGUGCAAUUAACCAGCAUCCCCAACACAGCAGGUCUCUGUCCGCUUCACCUGGCUGUACAGGCAAACAGUUUGAGUUGUGUGCGAGCCCUGCUGGAUGGCGGGGCAGAUGUGGACAUUCAGGAGAUCACAUGUGGCCGCACAGCACUUCAUCUGGCCACAGAGCUGGGAAACCUUUCCCUUGCCGGCUGCCUUCUGCUGGAGGGUAAUGCAUAUGUAGACAGCAUCACUUACAAUGGUUCAACUCCUCUGCACAUUGCUGCAGGACGUGACUCAACCAAACUGUGCGCGCUCCUGAUGGCUGCAGGAGCAGAUCCUCAUAAAGAAAACUUUGAACCACUGUUCUUCAAAGAAGAUGAGUUGUGUGGUACAUGUGAGGAGGAGGAGGAAGAUGAAGGCUUUAUUCCUGGGACAACCCCUAUGAACUUGGCAACCUCCCCAGAGGUGUAUGAUAUUCUUAAUGGAGAAGAGUAUCAGCUCACCACCACUGUUGUUCCACCACAAGGUGACAUGAAGAGCUUGAGCUCUGACACAAAGCAGGAGCUGUGCCAGGCCCUGGAAGGACAGACGGGAGGCUGGGAGAGUCUGGCUCAUGCUCUGGGGCUGGGCAUCCUGGCCAGUGCCUUCAGACUCAGCUCCUGCCCUGCUGGAAAGCUGCUGGACAGCUAUGAGGUGUCCGGAGGAACGGUGCGUGAGCUGGUUGAGGGACUGAAGCAUGUUGGGAACAGCAGUGCUGUCAGUUUACUCCAGGCCAUAUGCAAGGAGCCUGAAGCUGUUCACACCACGCCUCAGCUCACAGGUCUAGGGCUCUGUAAGCCCAUUCAGGGAUUGACACUGGGCCCCCAUCAGGAAGAGAGUGGGAUAUGUGACAGUGGGGUGGAGACCUCUUUCUAGAGCCCCAACCUCAGUCUUGCUGACUCCAAACACAAUCGCACAAACUGAGGCCUGACCCUAUAAAACAGCUUCUCCCUCCUCACUACAGCACCACUCAACCUCAGGAUACGCCUCCAAACUCUUUGAUUGGUCACCGUCCAGUGUGGAUGCUCCACCCAAAAUGCAAAUGAGGGAACUUUGAGUCUUUAAAGGGAUACUCCACCCUUAAAUGAAAAUGUUGUCAUUAACCACUUACCCCCAUGUCGUUCCAAACCCGUAAAAGCUCUGUUCGUCUUCGGAACACAAUUUAAGAUAUUUUGGAUGAAAACCUGGAGGCUUGAGACUGUCCCAUAGACUGACAAGUAAAUAACAGUGUCAAGGUCCAGAAAAGGUAUGAAAAGUCAUCGUCAGAAUACUCCAUCUGCCGUCAUACAUGCAAUCUGGGUUAUAUGAAGUGACGAGAACUCUUUUUGUAAGCAAAGAAAACAGUCUCCGACAUGAACGACAUGGGGGUAAAUGAUUAAUAACAAAAUUUUCAUUUUGGGAUGGAUUAACCCUUUAAGUUUUCUGGCCACAGGGAUUAUCUUCCAAUUUUAUUUAAAUUUUUACUUUUAAUAGAAAUAAUACCAAAAAGCACUUAUUUGAACAUUU